AUGAAAGAAAGAGAGGAAGUCCAGUCGAAUACAAUCUCUUCGCCUCGCUCGUUCAAACACAAAGUAACCUCAUUCCUCAUGCUGCGUUAUGUCAAUAAACGCAUCAUCUACUUUGCCAGGUUCCUAUUUGACAUCAAAUUUCAUAUCAUCAUGCAGCCCUUAGCAUUCAGGAUGAAUAUCAGCGCUGUCUCGAUGAAAUUCAGUCUCAAUCAAUCUAGCCGCCCCAUUUUCCUUUACACUGUCAUUUGUCAUCCAUCUUCUUUCAAACCUCAGGGUCGACCGUGGGAAAUCUUGUCUAUAGACGACUACCGUAAGAUCGUUCGCCUAUUCCGAGAGGAAGAAGUGCCCCAUCACACUUUUCCUCUCCCUUCGGAACGGAACAUCCAUGCGGUGGUUCGAGGAGUUCCCGUCAACUUUUCGGAUACUGAGAUUAAGGGAGAACUGGAGCAGAGGGGAUAUAGCCCUCUUCACAUCAUUCGAUUGAAGCGCAGCGGCGGCGCGCCCAUGCCUUUGGUGGUCGUGAUACUGCCCAAGACUGAAAAGUCUCAGCAAGUGUUCAACGAACACGAACUGCUGGGACUGGCCAUUCGAGUUGAGGUUCAGAAGAACUCCAGACUCAUUGGGCAGUGUCACCGCUGCCAAAAAUCGCUACCACCCUCGUACUUGAAAGCAACAGAGAUUGAUUGGACAAAUAAUACGAAGAAAAAAAGUGUGAGAGAGAAAUCCUAUAAGCGAGCAGGCGUACAAGAUCCGAUCGAGAUCUAUAUAACGCAAUCGAAAUGCUGCUGUUGCACAAACCAUAAUAAGAUCACGUCUCUUAAUACUACUUACUAUGCUACCAGUGUGACAUCUCGGAAAUUUAUCCAUGUUGCAUGUCCCUGGAUGAAGGCUAGUAAAUCCCCGAAUAUGAUUUCUAUCUACAGUUGGUACUCAGUAGUCGUCAGAGUACCAGCACGUCCUAGAAGCGGAGCGGCUCGGCCCUUAGAUGUUCAAGAAAAAGAAGUCACGCUGAUCAGAUUAAGGAAUGAAUCAGAAGAAAAACGCGUCCGUCCGCUGAAAUGGCUUCACCUUGAUUCCUCCUUGGCUGAGUUGGUAUGCACGGCAUUUGGUAGUAUGGCCGGGCGCUCGCAGUACCGCGCCGCUGAAAUCGAGCGCAGUUCCGACGACUUUGGCGUUGCACCAUGCGGAGUGCACAGAUUGUCGAUGUCGACACUAGCAUUCUUUCUGGCACGAAUAAUGGUUUUCAAUUAUAAGCGAAAAACAGAGAGAGCCCAAGGAUGGGACGAAAAUAUAAUGAAUCGCGCAAUAAAUGCGAUUAACCAAAAAGGAACAUCUAUUCGCGGUGCCGCUCUGCAGUUUCGAAUUCCAUAUCCCACCUUACGAAAACAUUUUUUGAAACAGUCUUCCAAAAAACAAUUAGGACGGUUUAGACCAGUUUUUUCUGGCGAUAUGGAACAGCAACUUGUACAACAUAUUCAAGAAAUGGACGCCCGUUUUUAUGGGCUCACAAAACAAGACUUAUGCAGUUUAGCAUUCGAGUUCACAACUCGAAAUAAUGUGCCACAUAAUUUUCGUAAUGGAUCAGCUGGGGAGCAAUGGUACUCAAAUUUUAUGAGGCGACAUCCCGAAUUAAGCCUUAGAACUCCAGAAUCUACAAGCAUUGCCCGGGCUUGUGGAUUUAACAGGCCACAAGUGCAGUUAUUUUUUGAUAAUCUAAAUAACAUUCGGCAAAAAUAUUUAUUCGAUGUGGACAACAUAUACAACGUGGACGAGACCGGCGCUACUCCUCAAAAUGCAAUAAGUGGAUUCAAAAAGACAGGAAUACUCGAUGGCAAUAUUGAUGUUUUCAGUGACUUGGAUUUUGUUCCUUCUCAAGUCACAGAAAAGGAAUAUGAUGCCAACAAGGCUCAAAACCUUGCCGCUAGUAAUGGUCAAUCUGCAUCUCCAAGUUCACCUAUUCCGUCAUGUUCGAGGCAUGAAGUUGCUGAAGACACACAGCGUAACGUCGAACAUCGCACACCUCCUCAUUCGCCUAUAUCCCUCUGCUCUCUUGAAAAUGAGAAUCAUGGGAAAGAGAAUCGUUCUUCUCCUAUUCCAUCGUGCUCCUUCCAAUCCACUUACGAAAAUUCAAAUUAUUUUAUACCAUUAACUGCAAUUCAGCCUUUGCCAAUAGUUAAACAGGAUGAUUCUAAAAGAAAACGUAGAACACAGAAGUCAGAAAUUUUGACAUCUACACCUAUUAGAGAAGAGUUGAGAAAUCAGAAAAAUAAAAAAUUACCCAAGACCAAAUUGCCAGAUGAAAUGAAACGUGCAAAGAAACCUAGCAGUUCAAAUUUGGAUCAACCUAAAUUGCAGUACCCGAAGUCACCGGUACAUAAAACGGACCCCAAUGAAGAAAAUGUACCUCGUCUGUGGAGAUACGUUUGGCAACUCUAG